AUGGCCCCGCCCCCUCAGCGCGUCCGUCGCCAGGGCAACGCGGUGGGGAUGGCGGCGGCGCUGCUGCCGCUCGCGCUGUCGCUCGCGCUGUCGCCGUCGCUGUCGCUGUCGCCGUCGCUGUCGCUGUCGCCGUCGCUGUCGCCGCGCGUCUUCCUGAGCAGCUGGGCGGUGCGCGCGGGGCCGCGCGGGGCCGCGCGCCUCGCCCGCCGCCGCGGACUGCUCUGCCUUGGCCCGGUGAUAGAGGGGGAGCCCUAUUACCACUUCAGGCACCGUGGCACUGUGCAGCAGUCCUUGCACAUGCACGGCGGCUGGAACAUGCGCCUAAAGAAGGAGCCGCAGGUGCUCUGGUUCGAGCAGCAGACCCUGAAGAAGCGUGUGAAGCGGAGUGUGCCCCAGGUGCCCACGGACCCCUGGUUCCACAAGCAGUGGUACAUGAACAACGAUGUCAGGCCGGACCUGAACGUCCUCACUGCUUGGGGUAAAGGGUACACGGGCUCGGGGGUCGUGCUCUCCAUCCUGGACGACGGCCUGGAGAAGGACCAUCCAGACCUGGCUGCUAACUACGAUCCGCUUGCAAGCUACGACUUCAACAGCAACGACCCUGAUCCCCAACCAAGAUACACCAUGUGGGAUGAGAACCGGCAUGGCACACGUUGUGCUGGGGAAGUGGCGGCUGUAGCCAACAACCGGAUCUGCGGAGCAGGCGUUGCGUACAACGCUAAAGUUGGAGGUGUGCGGAUGCUAGACGGUCUCAUUACUGACAUUGUGGAGGCUCAGUCUCUGAGCUUCCACCCACAGCACAUCCACGUCUACAGCGCCAGCUGGGGCCCUGAGGAUGAUGGGAAGACUGUGGACGGGCCAGGGGUGCUCUCCAGGGAGGCCUUCCUCAAGGGGGUCACCACUGGACGAGGUGGCCUUGGCUCGCUCUUUGUCUGGGCCUCGGGCAACGGUGGGUUGCACCACGAUGACUGCAACUGCGAUGGCUACACCAACAGCAUCUACACGCUCUCUGUGGGCAGCGCGUCCGCCAGCGGCCGCGUGCCCUGGUACAGCGAGGCCUGCUCCUCCACGCUCACCACCACCUACAGCAGCGGCAUGAGGAGCGAGAAGCAGAUCGUGACCACGGACCUGCACCACCACUGCACUGACCGGCACUCAGGCACCUCUGCCUCGGCCCCCUUGGCUGCCGGAAUGAUCGCCCUGGCUCUGGAGGCCAACCCAGCGCUGUCGUGGCGGGACAUGCAGCACCUCGUGGUCAGGGCCUCCAAACCAGCCCAUCUGCAGGCAGAAGACUGGGCUGUGAACGGGGUGGGACGCAAGGUGAGUCAUCACUACGGCUAUGGGCUGCUGGAUGCCGGGCUGCUGGUGGAGCUGGCCAAGAAGUGGACAGGAACUCAGCCCCAGCGCAAGUGUUCGGUCAAGGCCCUUCACACGCCCAGGGACAUAGGCUCCAAGCUCUCCAUCUCUGUGAAUGCCUCCUCUUGCUCCGGGAGGACCAAGGGCAUCCGCUCGCUGGAGCACGUCCAGGUCCAGCUCUCUCUGAGCUACAGCAGGAGAGGGGACCUGGCCAUCACUCUCAGCAGCCCCAUGGGGACCACAUCCACGCUGGUGGCCGUGCGCCCCUAUGAUACCAGCCAAGAGGGCUACAAAGACUGGACAUUCAUGUCCACCCACUUCUGGGAUGAGGACCCCCAGGGCACCUGGACCCUCCUGCUAGAGAACAAGGGCAAUGCUGAUAACACAGGCAUCCUCAGCACCGUCGUCCUGCACCUCCAUGGCACUGACGAAGACAUGAGGGGCCGGCGCACAGUGGCCCCCACUGUGAGCAAGUGUGUGAAGUGGAACGCACAGGGAGCUUGCAAGGAGUGUGGCAACUCCUUCUUCGCCUACCAGCACUUGUGUCUCUCCUACUGCCCCCCACGCUACUAUGGCCAUGCGCACAGAGCUGCAUCCCCGCGUGCAGGCGCUGUCUGUGCCCACUGCCACCCGUCCUGCUACACGUGCCAGGGUGCCUCGGCCAACAACUGCACGGCCUGCGCACCCGCCUGCGUGCUGGACGAGCGCACGCACUCCUGCUCGCCCGUGCGGGGCUGGGCUGCACAGCUGUAUCCCAACCUCAGCCUGCUGAGCCUCCUCUGCUCAAGCCCUGUGCUCGCAGCCGUCCUCUACCUCAUGCACUGUGUGCAGCUGAUGGAGCCAGUGGGAUGGAGACAGAGCGGCCGCAGCCCCAGCUAA